AUGAAUUUUAAAGUAAAUAGUAAAAGACUAUUUAACAAAAGUAUAGUAAAAAGAGGAUAUUCUACAAGUAGUUCUUCAAAUAGUAGUAUAAUGUCUGAAAGACUAGAAACAAUUAUUAAUGAGUUAGGUUUAAACCUUGUGUAUUGCUAUGAAAAUUUAAAUUUAGAAGAAACUAUCCCUGCCGGGAUGAGCCCCAUCGGGGGGGGGCCUAGAAAACAAAUAUUAAAUGAUACAAGAGGUUUAAGUGGUAUAUAUAUGAUAAUUAAUAAAACAACUAAAGAUUAUUAUAUAGGUUCUGCCUCAACUGGUAGAUUUUAUGCUAGAUUCUGCAACCAUGUUAUUUAUUUUAGGGGUAGCAAAAUAGUUAAAUUAGCCAUUAAAAAGUAUGAUUUGAAAAAUUUUGCUUUUGUUGUAUUAGAUUUAUAUCCUAAUAUUGUUACCAAAGAAAAUAACCAUGAAUUGUUGCGUUUAGAAGAUAAAUACUUAAAAUUAUUAGUACCUAAUUACAAUAUUUUAACAGAAGCAGGUUCUAGUUUCGGAUAUAAACACACUGAAAUUGAUCGUCAAAAGAUGAAAGAUAUUUAUAAUGAAGACUGGGGCUGCUUCGCCGGUAAAUUAAAUAAAGGUAAAAAUUUGUCUCAUGAAACAAUAGAAAGAAUUAGAGAAAAAGCUUUACUUAAACCUCCUAUGUCAGAUGAAACUAAGAAAAAGUGUAUAGUUAACACAAGACCUGUUGUGUUGUACAACUUAGAUAGAACUAUUUACGGUCAAUAUCCUACUAUUUUAGAAGCAGCUAAAGCUAUUAACUGUAAUGAAAAAACCAUUAGGAGAGCAUUACAGACAGAAAAGAAAUUGGUAAAAAGACAAUGA